AUGAGUGAGAAGCUCGUCUUCAGAAGCAGCAGUGACUGGCAAGGAAGCUACGGUCAUGGUGGAGCAUAUGGAGAGUAUUUGGAGAAGAGACAGAUGUUUCUCAGGAGCUACCAAUUCUCAAGAAAACAGAGCUUCACGGAGAAAGUUACGAGAUCUGUUAGGAGAGUGAAGAGAGUUGUUUGGACGAGAUUGAGAUCAGCUCGUAGGUUGAAACGCGUCGUCUGGUCCCGUCUCAGAUCGGCGUUUCUCUACCGCCGCAGACGCUUUUUCCAACUCUUUCACUUUUACGACAAACCCUCUUACUGUUUCUAG